CAUUUCAUUAGCAAUUCUUCCUAGCAAUUGUAUCCACAUUUGUAUUCACAAACUAGAAAACAUAAAGUUCUAGCCAUGGCUGCAUCUUACUCAGUCCCUUCAAUGAUAAUGGAAGAAGAAGGGAGGUUUGAAGCAGAAGUAGCAGAGGUACAAGCAUGGUGGAACACAGAGAGGUUCAAGCUAACCAAGAGACCAUAUUCAGCUAGGGAUGUGGUGGCACUGAGGGGCAACUUGAGGCAAAAUUAUGCAUCAAAUGAGUUGGCAAAAAAGCUGUGGACUACACUCAAAACUCACCAAGCAAAUGGCACAGCAUCAAGAACAUUUGGUGCACUUGACCCUGUUCAAGUCACUAUGAUGGCCAAACAUUUGGACUCUAUUUAUGUUUCUGGUUGGCAGUGUUCCUCUACUCACACCUCCACCAAUGAACCAGGUCCAGACCUUGCUGAUUAUCCUUAUGACACUGUCCCUAACAAAGUUGAACAUCUCUUCAUGGCUCAACAAUACCAUGAUAGAAAACAAAGGGAGGCAAGAAUGAGCAUGAGCAGAGAAGAGAGAGCUAGAACUCCGUUUAUCGAUUACUUGAAGCCAAUCAUUGCUGAUGGAGAUACUGGUUUUGGCGGCGCCACUGCCACUGUGAAACUCUGCAAGCUUUUUGUGGAGCGCGGCGCUGCUGGGGUGCAUAUUGAGGACCAGUCAUCCGUGACUAAGAAAUGUGGUCAUAUGGCUGGCAAAGUUCUUGUUGCGGUUAGUGAACAUAUUAACAGGUUAGUGGCUGCAAGGCUGCAAUUUGAUAUUAUGGGAGUGGAGACAGUUCUUGUAGCAAGAACUGAUGCAGUAGCAGCAAAUUUGAUCCAAACCAAUGUUGACACAAGGGAUCACCAGUUCAUUUUAGGAGCAACAAAUCCAAAUCUUAAAGGCAAGAGUUUGGCCACAAUUUUAUCUGAAUCAAUGGCUGCAGGCAAAACAGGACCAGAACUUCAAGUCAUUGAGGAUAAUUGGACAGCAGUGGCACAACUUAAGACAUUUUCUGAAUGUGUAAUUGAUACAAUAAAUAACAUGAACAUAUCGGGGUCCGAAAAGGAAAGAAAAUUGAAUGAAUGGAUGCAUUAUUCAAGCUAUGAAAAAUGUCUUUCACUAGAACAAGGCAGGGAAAUUGCUGAAAGAUUAGGCCUUUCUAAUAUUUUCUUUGAUUGGGAUUUGCCAAGAACGAGAGAAGGGUUUUAUAGGUUUAAAGGGUCUGUAGAGGCUGCUAUUGUUCGAGGCUGGGCUUUCGCGAACCACGCUGACAUUAUCUGGAUGGAAACUGCUAGUCCUGAUUUGGUUGAGUGCACAAAAUUUUCUGGAGGAGUUAAGUCAGUGCGGCCUGAAAUAAUGUUGGCUUAUAAUUUGUCACCUUCAUUUAAUUGGGAUGCAUCAGGAAUGAAUGAUUUUCAAAUGAUGGAUUUUAUUCCGAAAAUCGCCAAGUUAGGUUACUGUUGGCAGUUUAUUACAUUGGCUGGUUUUCAUGCUGAUGCUUUAAUUGUUGAUACAUUUGCUAAGGAUUUUGCUAGGAGAGGAAUGUUAGCAUAUGUUGAGAAAAUACAAAGAGAGGAGAGGAAACAUGGAGUUGAUACAUUGGCACAUCAGAAAUGGUCUGGUGCUAAUUAUUAUGAUAGAGUUCUUAGGACUGUACAAGGAGGCAUCACCUCUACUGCUGCUAUGGGCAAAGGGGUGACUGAGGAACAAUUUGAGGAAAAAUGGACAAGGGAAGGAGCAACAAACUUGGGUAAUGAAAAUAUGGUGAUUGCAAAGGCAAGAAUGUAGAAGAAACAUGCUUUUCUUUUGAGUAUCAAGUUUAAUAACAUAUUUCAGCUUUCAAUAAUUCUGCUGGGAUUCAAUCAAUCUGGGCAAUUUUUUGGGCCCUUAAAACUGCUCAAUAUUUAUCAUUUAAUUGUGUGUGGACUUUAAUUUAAUUUACAACUUUGUAUCUCCAUUUGGACUUCAAUU